GAAGAUUCGCUUGGCGGACAAGGAAGGUCUAGGUGGCGUGAUGAUCUGGGAGCUGGGCCAGGACGUGAUGCAAGAUCGCGGCAGUCUGCUUUGGCAGAUUUGGGAUGCGACGCAGCAGGUGCAAAACAAGGGCAUCUUGCAUGGCCUUUUCGGGAUCAUUGUGACAGAGGAUCACAUGUUCGGUCUACUGACAUUCCUGAUGGGAGGCUACUACCUGGCCAAGACGCUUGCUAUGGCCGCGCGGCCUACAAACAACGUCCGCAAGAAGCAGGUUCCAGACACGUCACUACCAACCGUGCCGGAGCAGUCAGAUGACAACACAACUGAUGCUGAGGAAAAGAAGGAGUCCUAG